GGCAAAGACGUGGAGCACUCCAGAGCAACAGCCAGCUCCGUAAUGCCAUUGCCUAAAUCUCCAUCCACACAAUAUGAAGAGAAUGGGAGAGAGGAGGAGGGCUUCCACAACGCUUUGCUGUUGAAAGACCUACGGUCUCAGCUUCACCAUGCGGCAGAACAUUGUGAGCGUGCAUUUUCCUCAGCCCAGCAGAAGAAGAUGAUUUUGGAGGGGACAAAGAGCUACAUAUGUGAAGCAGUUGUGGCAAUAGUCGACCAUUUAGGAACUGUCUCAUCCAAACUCGAGCAGAGUCUCCAUGCAAAUAUUGUGGUUAAGCAGACUGAACAAAGAAUUGGUUGCUUGAAGCAGAGAAUCCUUGCUUGCCAACAAUAUGCCAUGUGUCUUGAGCUGUGUAACAUGCAACUGGACAUCAAAUUCCCUCAACACCAUCAGCAUUUCUGUAUUGACAAGGCACAACCA